AGAGGGAGGAGGUGGAGUAGGAAUAGACUGCAUCCACCUGCUCCACCUGUUCCACCACAGUAUCUUCCACAACCACCACCGCACAACACCCACCGCUCUACCACCACACCACACCACAGCGUCAUGGCGGGCGUGGCUGUGUUGGGGCUUCUCGCUACUCUGGCCCUGCAAUGUGGACUAGGCCAAGAAGUCCUGAUUGGUCCUGCAGUCGUGGAGUCCUCAGCUAGGCGCUUCCUGGAGGAGACUGAGAAGGAGCUAAUGAACCAGUGCACCAGAACCAUGCAGGCUGCUUGGGACUACCAGACCAACCUUACAACGCGUCACAGAACACUCCUGGUUAGCGAGCAGGAGACCUUCAAAAAGGCUGCAGGAGGAGUCUCGGCAGGAGGCUGGCAGGUGGCGUUCCGUCGACUACUUGUUCACUGACCCAGAUCUGAAGGACAGGCUGGACAGGAUGAGUGUGAUCGGCCUGCCUGAGCUGCCCUCGCCCUCCAUGACCUCCUACCAGCGCGUCCUGUCCGAUAUGACUCAUAUCUACAGCAGCGCCUCCGUCUGUAGCCGCUAUCGCCCCUUCCGCUGCUCCCUCACGCCCCACGCAGGUCUCAACAAGUUAAUGUCGGCGAGCCGUAACUCCGAGGAGCUUUCUCACCUGUGGGGGGCGUGGCGGGACAGAACCAAGACCAUCCGCCACUCCUACCGAGCCUUCGUCACCCUCGCCAACCGCGCCGCUCAGGGCCUCAACUUUAGGCACAAGGGGGACCUGAACUACGUGGAGUACGGGGCGGGUGACGUGAGAAAGCAGCUGCAGGGGGCGUGGGAGCAGCUACAGCCCCUCUACCACCAACUGCACGCCUACGUCAGGAGGAAGCUGCGCGAGGAGUACGGGGCCCACCUGGUGACGGAGAGAGGGCCGCUACCUGCCCACCUUCUCGGGGAUAUUUGGGGACAGGCGUGGCCCCUCGCAUACAUCCUGCCCCGCCCCGACCUGCCGCCCCUUGAUGUGACGCCUGAGAUGGUGCGCCAGGGAAUAACUCCAAGAGGUAUCUUCGAAAUUGCUGACGACUUCUUCGUCUCUCUGGGUCUUGAGCGCGCCCCUCCCUCCUUCUGGCAAACCUCCCUUCUGCAAGAGCCCAAGGACAGAGCCGUGGUGUGCAGCGCCUCCACCUGGGACUUCUGUGACGGCGAGGACUUCAGGGUGAAGCAGUGCACCAAGGUGACCCAGGACGACUUCGUCUCUGCCCACCACGAGAUGACACACCUGCAGUACUUCCGCCAGUACCAACACCUGCCCUACCUGCACCGCAAGGGCGCCAAUCCAGGCUUUCACGAGGCCAUCGGGCUUGCUGUGGGCCUGAGCGUCGCCACGCCGCGCCACUUCCGCCGCAUGGGGCUAAUCAGGGCAGGAGAAGAGCCGGGGUACGUCUCACAGAUCAACACCCUGAUGCACCUCGCCCUGCGCCAGUUGCCCUUCAUGCCCUUCGCCAGGGUGAUGGACCUCUGGAAGGACGCGGUGUUCAACGGCACCACUCCGGAGAAGGACUGGAACUGCGCCUGGUGGGAUCUCAGGGUCAGCUUGCAGGGCAUCAAGCCGCCAGAUGUUAGGACGGAGAAGGACUUUGACCCUGGCGCCAAGUACCAGAUAGCAGCUGACACCUCCUACACCAGGUACUUCGUGGCCUUCGUGUUGCAGUUCCAGAUCUACAAGGCGCUGUGCAUGGCUGCCGGGGAGUAUGAUCCGGGGGCCAGGAAUAAGAACCUUCAUGACUGUGACUUCUACUUGUCCCCUGCAGCAGGAAACGUUCUUCGCUCCGUGAUGAAGCUGGGCGCCUCCAAGCCGUGGGAGGAGGUGGUGUCGGUGUUGACGGAGGGGCGGGAGACAAGACUCAACGCCACAGCCAUGCGGGAGUACUACAAGCCCCUGGAAGAGUGGCUGACGAGGGACAACUUGAGACAUGGGGAGUUUGUGGGAUGGAGACCAGAUGGAGAGUACUGCCUGUACAAGAAGUCGCCUCACUACACCAGAUGUAGUGAGGGGUAAAUAUUCCCUUACACUCUUCCCUUAUGUCCUGUCCCUUUACCUUAAAAUGUACCCUUGUAUUGUUCCCUUAUACCCAACCUUUCCAUUGCAUCCUCAUACUCUGCCUCGGUGUUCUGUCCUGAUGCCCUUCUCCUAUACCCUUAUACUUCACCCUUAUACUCUUAUCAUUCCUUUAUACUCUACUCUUAUAUUCUUCCCUUAUAUUUUUUUUACUUAUAUACACAGUCAUAUACCACGUCCUCACCCUUUCACUCCUCCCUAACACGUCACCCAUAGACCCCAGCAGCUUUAUUUUGAACACUAUAUACCUUUGGAUUUAGUGAAAGGAACGAAGCUUUACUGUCAGGCUUUACUAGUACUGUACAUAUAGUGCCACUCGUAAAUCAUAAUUGUGGUUGUUGGUAUUCUUUUGUUUUUUGCUUUUUAUGGGAUACGUGUAUAUUUUUACGUUUUUUGUAGGGUGUGUUGACAUUUUUAAGUUUUCGUAAGUUUAAGAAGUCUGUUAUUAUUAUUAUUAUUAUUAUUAUUAUUAUUAUUAUUAUUAUUAUCAUUAUUAUCAUUAUUAUUAUUAUUAUUAUUAUUAUUAUUAUUAUUAUUAUUAUUAUUAUUAUCAUUAUUACAUCCACUGUCAAUUACAAUAACAACACGUAAAUUCAUGCACAUUAUGUAUAUCAGCGCGACACUUUAUUUUAUUUAUUGAUUGAUUUAUUUCUUUUAUUUUUUACUUUUUAGUUAUAAGUAUUCGCGUGUAUUAAUGAGUGGAGUGCUUCGUAGUAUGAUCAGAUUUACAUUUUGCUCUAAGUUACAUUGAGGUAACUUUUCUGUGGUUCUUGUAAACUUGAUUUUUAUUUUCAGUAAUUAUCAACUUUCAAGUUUAUUAACGUUUCUUAGUGUAAUUAUAUUUAAGUGUUAUAGUUUAUAUUAUUCGAUGCUUUAAGUUCUCGUAAGUUUGAAAUAGGAAACGCGAUUAUUUCCCCGUUUUACUGUAGCAGCUAUUAUUAUCUUGUAUUACUAUUAUUAUCCUUACUAUUACCAUUAACCUAACGCUUUUCAGUAAUCAUAACAGUAAGACAUCGUACUCGCAUAAGUUACUCUAUUAUUACUAAUGGAACGUAUACUAAUUGUGUCCAGGUAGAAAGUAACAACAGAUUUUUGUAUUCAUUUGUUACACAUUAUAUCAGGAACCUACUUCAGUCACCCUCGUUUUCUGUAUGCAACUUUUCUUAUCUGUUCAAAGUAGCAUGUGAUUCUUUAUGAGGGGAACGUUAUGUGUAUACGGGGAAACAGUAGUAGUAGUAGUAGUAGUAGUAGUAGUAGUAGUAGUAGUAGUAGUAGCAGCAGUAGUCGUAACAGUGAUGAAUGAUAUCGUGUGUGUGUUCUUCUCGUUACACUGUGGGUGUGGUUCCUCUUGCGCACACACACACACACACACACACACACACACACACACACACACACACACACACACACACACACACACACACACACACACACACACACACACACACACACACACACAC